GAUACCUCCUCACUGUUUCCUCCUCUGUGGUGGAAGAAUGGAUUUGAGCACCUGGGCACACCUGCCGGGUUAUUUAUUACUCAUCCUGUAAGAGAAACAACUAACUAACAAGCAAGUGGGGGUCGCUUCUUACACACACACAAAGUUACGGACUGUUUCCGUUCAUGUGACCGGAGUAAAAACUAGGGAAUUCAACAAAUGACCUAAAAUGACUUUUUGUAACUUGAAGAAGCUUUGCUAACUUCACGGCACAACCGGAAUUAACUGAAAAGAGAGAAAAUUGAAUUUAAAAACUCAAGAAUGUCGGCCGUAGAUAAAUUAAUCUCAGAAGAGGAGGUGGCACCUUCACCUGCUGGUCCAACUGCAGAGCCACAAACAGCAGGAAGUAAACAGACACAAGAGAGCAACAGCACAGAGGAAAGAAGGGAGAUUACAGACAACGAAGAGGAAGAAGAGGAAAAAGAAGAGGAGGAAGAGGAAGCAAUUAGCUCUGCUCAUCUGGAGCCCAGCACUCUGCCGUGGCCCGGAGACAAAGACAAGAGGCCUCAGACGGACAGCGAUGAUGGAGUCUGGUCAGAGAAGAGAGCUUCGGAUCCUGAAGAGAGAGACACGGGGAUCAGUGGAGUAAGCCAGGACCUGUCGGAGGAGCAGAGCCAGGCGGGGAGCGACAGGAAGAGCAAAUGGAGGGAGAGCAUGCCUGAGGGCGAGCGGUGGAGGGACGAUGAGCUCGAGGUGCAGCGGAACAGUAAAGGGGACGGCUCACUGGCAGAUGAUGAAGAUGAAGAUGAUGAUGAGGAGGAAGGAGAUUCGAAUUGGAUGUCAGAGAAAGCAGCUCUGGGUUUUACUCCUCGAGUCACGAUUGUGCGUCCGUCCAGCAAAGAGCUUCCCGAGGAGAGCAGGCUCUUCAUAGAGGACGACAAGAAGGAGGCGCAGAUGGAGCCCGACUCCACGGGGCCGUUUUACCCAGAGUGGACAGAACCGGACGACAAGUACUACCUGUGUGACAGCCUGUGUGGCGAGAGACUUAAGGUGGCUCUGGCGACAGUGGCCGCAGCGAUCCUUUUCCCUCUCCUGGUGUGGGGAGGUUACGCCCUUCUUCCCUUUGACUCGCCGCAGCUGGAGAGCACCCCUCUUAGGGUUGUGUAUACGCUACGCUGCUCCUUCUUCGCCAUCAUACCCAUCCUGUUCGGUGUGGUGGUGCAGGGCGUGGCCCGGCUGCGUUACAGCGUCCUGAAGCCCCUCUAUCAGAGUAAACUGGUGAACAGAGAGGUGGCGGUGCACUGGCACUACGUCAACGAAUCUCUGGCCCUCUUCCUCUUCUUCUUCCUGCAGCUCACUGUCAUGGCAACCUACAUCAGCCAAGACCUGGUGAAGCUGGUGCCGCUGCUCACCAUCAUAUUUGUCUUUGGCAGGCUGAUCUACUGGCUCUGCCUCUCUCUGGGCGGCAGCAGCAUCAGGGCCCUCGGCUUCGGCCUCUCCUUCCUCCCCAUACUGGUGAUGCUGGGCGUCAACCUGUACUACGUCUGCUCAUCGCUCGGACAAGGGUCGGUUUUCGACGUGGCACCGCCCACAACAGCUCCUCCUCCCAAGCAGCGCUGGUGGGGUUAAAGGGCCGACGUCCGUUAAGGCGGUGAGGAGUUCGGAGACAAAAAACUGCAACACCUUUUUUUUUUAUAUAUCACGACACAACACGUUAUUUUUGAUGUCCUUUUUUAAAGUUGUAAUCCUUAAGAUUUCAGCCCUGGUUGAUUUGGUGACACCAGUGGUUACCACGGUAACAGCAAGUGUAGUUAGUACUACAGCAAACACUCCUUGAGCAGCAGAAAUACAACAAAGGUAUACCGUCUAAUAGCUUACUGUGUUCUGCACUAUAAAAACACAAAAUUGUUGUUGUUGUUUUGUAGCAGUCAGUGCUAACCGCGAUGACAAACACUGUGCGUGCCACAAUAAAAGCCACACAUGAUUCUCCAGGUGAACACUUUUAAUGUGAAGCAGCUGUAGGAAAUGUUUGCAUUAGCAGUAACUUAAGACAGCUCUCAUAACGGUGUAAAGAGAGAGAACAGUGAACAGUUCAGCUGUUAUCAGGGAGAUAAAAUGUCAUAUGAUCACAUGCGUCAUUUCCUGUGAAUCCCUCGUGUUUAUGAAGGCGGCGGACUCUGCCACUACCAAUAAAAACCACUAUAUAGAGAGGUAAUCAAUAAAUGGAAAUCCAACUUAAUGACUAUUGUAGAACAUAACAUUUUUUUAUCAAACAUUUGAUUUCAUGAAAAUCUCAAGGAUUACAACUUUCUGUUCUUAAUUUUGUUCACAAAGAUAUCAAUAACAUGAGGCAGGUUGUGGGUAAAUCUGUAGUUUGAAUCUUCCUCUCUGUAUUAAAAUAAAUGCAGAAAUCCAACAAUAUUUACAUGGUAGUUAAAAAAAGUGGAAAAAGUUUACGCCAACAAAGCUCUUAUCUGCAUGCACAUUAAAACUCUAAAAAGAGCUCUUCCUUAGACCACCUUGCUGUACAGUCUGUAUGUUUUUUUUUUUAUUUUACUGAUCAUCCAGUACAAAUCUUUAAACAGCCGGCACCUUCUGUCCAUCUUGAGCUGAUAAAAUCCAGUUUUGAGGCUUCAUCCAGUGUUUGGAUGUGAUGCAAAAUGGAGACAGAAGUAAAACUUCAGUUUCAGGGUAUUAUUUUUAUAUGAAUUAUUAACAUUAAGUUGUUUUUAGGAAUUUUCCCAUUUUUAUUGUUGUCACAGAGUUUGUUACUAAUGGAGAUCUUAAAACUUUUUAUAUAUAUAACUGUUAAAUUAAUCUUUGUUUUAUUGAUCAAAAGCUUUUUCUUUACUGUUUAUAGCAGCAUUAGUUGUUGGGCUAUUUAUGGAUAGUCUCUUGGCUUUAUUUUGAAGGAUCUUGUUUUCAGUGUAUUUAAAGUAAAUCUGCUAAAUAUUUGGGACUUUGAGUGAGUUCAAUAAAGCUUUAUUAAUAAAUAUGAUACUCAA